CUAAACUCACAACCGUAAAAUCAGUCUGUAUAUGCAGUAAAGUAUGCUUGUGUUAUACUCGCUGUGGAAGGGGGUUAAUCCUCCACAUUGUGUAAAAAUGCUGUUUGAUCCUGUCUUCUCUGAUCCUCCCCUUCUUCUACUGUCCCCAAUCCAUCUGCUGAUAGAAACAAGCCUUGGGCACAGGCUGCACAUGCUCAGUUUGGUAUGUAUGGCUAGAGCGGUUUUUUUUUUGUUUUUUUUUUAUCGCGAGAGUGCAUGUGAUCAGCACAGGGCCAAUCAGCGCUGUCCAGACAGAAGGUCAGGUGUUAUGCAGCCUCAUAGGACAGUUGGGGAAUUAAAGCUACAAGCUUUAACCAGUGCUCUGCUUGACACUGAUAGAAAUGAGAAAAGGUAUUUAGCAGUUUAUAUUUACUAAAAUAAUUGCAUUUCCAUGUUGUGUGGUUUGUGGGAGACCAGAUAUAGUGAAU